UUAGGCAGUCCCAUGCAAUAGUAACCCCUAGUCUCUGAGGGGCAAGAGCAAGCCAAUCAGUGUUCAUAUUUACCACCCUAGUGUGAGCAUUGCCCUGUUGGGCUCCUUGGCUCCCUUUCCAUCCAGAUGUAGCUUCCACAUGUCAGCUCUAGAAUUCAGUUGUUUAAAAUGUGUUAAACAGUAAAACUGCUGUUAACUUUCUAAAGUGAGGAUACCAGAAAUCUGAGCUGUUUCUGGUCAUAAAUUGACUUCCUCUCUUAGAACCUUCUGCUGGGAAGCAUCAGCAAAGGCUAUUUGAACUUGGGUUGAUUUAGUUGGGAUUGGUCCUGCCUUGAGCCAGGAGGCUGGACUUGAUAACCUCCUGAGGUCUUUUACAGCUCUGAUUCUAUGAACUUGUUAAACUAAAAUAAGAGAGUCUUAGUUUCUGACAUGAAUGGUUUUGAUAGCAACAUCUGAUACCUAGUAUGUUUUGAAAAUAACAGUGAAAUAAGGUAUUAGCAAAACAUCAGCUUUAUUCAGUGGAAUACUGAAAGAGUGGCAGAUUUGGAUGUGUAUGAUAACUUUAACUAUUUAGUUAAGGUAUGAUAGCUGAACUCUGUUUUGUUCCUUUGAUUUCUACUAGUGUGUUGUGCAGCCUAAACAUCUUCACAUUGUUAACAGUUAUGUGAAGUAUUUCAGCAAAUUAACAAUUAUUUUGUGAAACAUUCUUGAACAUAGCAGAGUAUUCCUAAGUGAUCUCAUUACUGACUAAUAUGUAUCUUCAGCCUAUAAUUCAGUUGAACUUGCUCUUUCUUUUCCAUGUGUUCCUAUAGUAGCUUCAGAGGAGGCCUAAAGAGACACUUUUAGCCCAGAUGGUAUCUUUCUACUAAUGAACAGACUUUUUUCCUUUUUGAUUUGGGGGAGGGGGGAUAACUUACUUCUGCCUGCUUUCUGCUUCUUUACAGCAAAAAAAGUAUUCCUAAUAAGUUAGGAGAGUAAACAGCAGACUUUUGCUGUUUUGAUUGGGAGUUGCUAGGUGCAGAUCUGCAAAAGCUAUCCUUUACAGUGGGGGAGGAGAGAAAAAGGCAGAGACCUUGAUCAGCCAAUCAAAAUAUACAAAUGAAUAAGAUCUGGAGUUCAGUUUAACUGCCUGUUUACUCACUACUCAUUAUCUGACCAUCACUUCUCUUUAAAACAACUUUUUUUGGCAAAAGGUUAAAAUACUGCUUUGCUGAUUAAUAAGUCACUGCUGUGGUUGAUUUCAGAUGCUUCCUGUCUGCUUCAUCUUAAUAUCAGUUAAGCUGGAAACAUACGUGCACGAAUUGAAAGUGGCAGCUUGACACAUCUUGCAAAUUGCUUUUUAAAUAGGAUUUCUGAGCCCUUGUAUGAGUGAUAAUUCUUCUUUGUUUAUCCACAGUGUGAGUCUGCAGAUGAAAUUAGGGUUAGAAGACAUCCAAGUUACUCUAAGCAUCAUAAGGGCUAUACAUAGUGUCUUUGUGAGCCUAUGAAAUGGCUGUGAUGGAAGUUGCAUGCCAAGGAGCUCCUGACCCCACUAUCGGGCACCAGAAGGAGCUUGCUGCUACUAAAGGGCUGAGUGAAACAGUGGGUGAGAAGCAGAGCAGUGUUUGCAAAGUAGAAGAUUCAGAGAAAGUUGCCUUCCACAGUCAGUGGAAGAUCCUGAAAGAUGUGAUCACCAAAGGAACAGCAAAAGAAGAGACAGAAGGAGGUUCUGCGUCCAUUUCCAUCAUUGCCCAGGCUGAAUGUGAGAACAGCCAGCAGUUCCUACCCACCUUUUCAGAGAGGCCUUUCAUAGCUGACAGUAAACGUUACAGGUCAGACAAUCUUGAUCAGAUCCCUAACAAUGUGGCCCAUGCUACUGAGGGGAAAAUGGCACCAGCCUGCUGGAGGGCAAGGCAUCGGGGUAAAGGCAGGAAGAAACGUCGCAAGAAAAGAUCCAGGGUUCGAAUUCAAACACUGGCCCCUGCUAAGCAAGGGCCCAGAACUCCAGAACAAGAAAGUUGUACUCCGAUCCCAGUCCAGGAGGAUGAAACUCACCAAAACAUUCUCUUCAGUAACAGCUCCUGUUUUUCAGAACCUUGCAAGGAUUCAAUCUCUGAUCAGAUACUGUUUGAUAAACCUAGAAAAGUUCUGCUCACAGACAAACUCCAGUCACUAAGAAACCCACAUAGACCAGAGCUGCACAAGUUAAUAAGCCCAGUUCAGUGCUUGAACCAUGUUUGGAAGUUACACUGUCAGGGGGACUUUGUGCCUCAGCCAGAGACCCUCCAUCCCUUCCCUUACAACAGAUUGCCCUCUUGCAUCUCUGUUCUGGAUGGUCCUCUUUGUGCUGUGAAGCGUAACCCUUUGGAGACUUACCUCCGUGACGAUUGGGCCUGUGCGACUAGUGAGCCACGCUUGUCUGGCCUAAGCUUAGAACACACCUUUUCAAAAUGUGUCAGCCAGUCCACGGAAACCACCUCGGACAAACUUUCUGUGGAAGAAUAUUUGGUGGAUGCUCUUAAAGGGAGCGUGAGCCUCGGGGAGCCUCGGAACUUAGCCAGCCUUGCCAAGACGUGGAGAGGAGGCGGUCUGGAUUUGAAGGGGCAGUUUCAAGAGGCAGAUGACAACGAGGGGGUGCUGCUUACGGAGAAAUUAAAGCCAGUGGACUAUGAAUACCGAGAAGAAGUUCACUGGACCAAGUGCCAUGACUUCCUGGGCAUUGGCUCUUUUGGGGAAGUGUACAAAAUAGAGGACAAACAGACGGGAUUUCAGUGUGCUGCCAAAAAGGUGCAAGUCGAACACUUUCGUGCAGAGGAGUUGACGACAUGUGCUGGAGUAACAAGUCCCAAAGUUGUCCCUCUGUAUGGAGCAGUGAAGGAAGGCCCUUGGGUUACUAUCUUCAUGGAACUAAUGGAGGGUGGCUCAUUAGGCCAGCUGAUUAAACAGAGAGGUUACUUGCCAGAGGAUAGAGCCCUCAGUUACCUGGGUCAAGCAUUGGACGGUCUGGAGUAUCUUCACGCUCAUCACAUUCUGCAUGGAGAUGUCAAAGCGGACAACAUGCUCUUAUCCAGGGAUGGAAGCCGGGCUCGCCUCUGUGACUUCGGCCACUCUGCUCGUCUUCAUCCAGAUGGCUUGGGGAAGUGCCUAGUGACCGGGUCCUACAUGCCGGGCACAGAGACGCACAUGGCUCCAGAGGUAGUAAUGGGAAAGCGCUGUGACUCGAAGGUGGACAUCUGGAGCAGCUGCUGCAUGAUGCUGCACAUGCUCAAUGGGUGUCAUCCUUGGACCCGCUAUUACAACCACCCUCUGUGCUUAAAGAUAGCCAAAGAGCCGCCUCCUUGGAGGGAAAUCCCGCCGUCCUGUAACCCUUCCACGGCCGAGCUCAUUAAAGCUGGGCUGGAGAAGGAGCCGCUUAGAAGAGCUUCUGCAGCCGAGCUGAAGACCAAGGCUGACACAGCACUUCAGCAGGUGGGAGAUGCAAAGAACCCCUCGAGAGAAUACAGAGAACCUAGACGUUUGUCUCUGGAUGAAGAAAACAACCCACAAGCUUCCCUGUCCCCAACAGUCAGCCUAAUUUCUGAGACUGUGGCUAGCCCAGGGUCAGCGUUCAAAGCUCCAUGCCUGUCCCAAAGCCUGCAGCUGGCAGAGAAGACUGGGGUAACCCCUUGGAAUCUGUGCAAGGAGUUACCUAGGGUUUGUGAUCCACCUUCCCUCUCCUCCCUGCCUCCUGUCCCCACCAAGAGCAGCAGCUCCUCGGAACGGACAACAGCUAUCUCAGAACAGGAGCUUCAGCAGCUGGAAAUAGAGUUGUUUUUGAACAGCCUGUCCCAGCCGUACUCUCUGGAGGAGCAGGAGCAAAUGCUCUCAUGUCUCAGCAUCGACAGCCCGCUCGUGUCGGAUGCCAGCGAAAAGAGCUCUCUGAAGGGUUCCCAGAGCCUGAGGGACACCAUGAGCUCGGGGGUUCAUUCCUGGUGCAGCCAGACUGACGGACAGAGCUUCAGCUGGAACAACCUGCUGUGUCGCAGCCGGCACACAGACACCCCCUGCUACUUCAAUGGAGUGAAAAUCCAGAUCCAGUUGCUAAGUGGAGAAAAUCUUCAUAUCCGAGAGUUCCACAGGACCAAGGUGGGAGACGUUGCUACUGGGAUAAGCAGCCAGAUACCAGCCUCCGCUUUCAGCCUUGUUACAAAGGACGGCCGGCCUGUUGGCUGUGACAUGGAGGUUCCCGACUCGGGCCUAGAGCUGCAGUGCACCCUGGCUCCUGACUGCAGUUUCGGCUGGUCCUGGCGAGUCAAGCAUGGUCAGCUGGAGAACAGACCGUGAGGCCGAAGUGCGGGAUUGCAGAGGCCCACUGUCAUUUGGUGCUUGAGACAAAACUAGCUAUUGACAUUUCCUAUUGAACUAGGAUUCGGGUUCGGCUUUUCACAGCUUUAGUGCGCCAGCUCCUUGCUGCUUGGCCUGGAUCCGGCCUUUAGACGGGUGCUGCCCUCACAGGGCACUCUAGAGCGAUGGCUGCAGCAGAGAGGACCAGGAGUGCGCUGCCGGGCAUCUGCCCUUUCCAGGAGAGUGCCGGAAACACCGAGUGCUCAGAGCAAAUGUGGAAGGGAGCCAGGGAUUUAGAGUGUAGUAGGGUGGCUGCUGCCACCUCCUACCCCUGCAGACAACUCCUUUCUUGGUGGAGGAAAAAUUCUGUUUCCAGAGGCUUUGAAUGGCCUAAAGAUUAGAAUGGCUGGGAGAAUAGAGCCCUGCAAAUCCACGGGUAUCUGCAGCCGCAGCUGUCAGUGUGCGUAGCCCAGGCUCGUUUGUGCAGCUAUGGCCACAGAUGCAAGUUUUGCAUCUAGAACCCUGCAGACUUAGCUGGCUGCGUUCUCUCCGCAGGCACCCGCAGCUCCCUGGUUGUGGAUACGGAACAAACUUUGUAUCUGCACAGGGGUCUAAACGUAGCCGCUGUGACUGGGGGAGGGGGAGGUUCUGGUCCUUGCAUUCCGCUUCCCUUCCCUGCAGCAACUGGCUUUUGUAAUCACCUGCGCCACUCCCAGGAGCCAGUUUCCUCUCUUUUCUCUCCCCCCCCCCUCCUCCCAGGGUAACCGCAUUUCCCACCCCGAGUGCUCUGCCAGGAAGCACAGCUCAGCCGCCCCAUUUUACUGAUCUGACAAGUGCACCCUCGGGAUGCAGGCCAGAGCUGGGCCUAGCCCCCUGGUUCCUGACCCGGGCCAGUGAGGGAGCAGAGGGCGGGAGGCAGCAAUACUUGCGUCACAGCCACACACUGACAGCUGCUGCUUACAAUGCUGUGCUUGUUGGAGGACCAAGAGAAAGUCCUGCCCAGGAGAAGACGGGAACCAGAGUCCCCACUGCCAAUGAAUGUUCUGCAGCAGACUAAGCAUUAGAAUUCCUGGACUCUGUGGAAAGAGGGUCGAACCCCAGCGCUACUAAGCCGGCCUGUCGGGCGGGUAGCAGAACGGCCCUGUGCACCUUACGGCUUCUGAAAACAGGAGUCACGCAGAUUCCGUGAAAAUGAAAAGUUCGGUUCCCAUGGCACUUCUGGGAGUGCCGUGUGUUUGCUAGCCACGCACUGCUAGACCCCAGAGCUGCCUGCGUUGCAGCUGGCAAGAGACGUGUUCUCUGCAAGUCUCAGGAGUAGCCGUGUUAGUCUGUAGCUGUGAAAACAGCGAGGAGUCCAGUGUGCCGCAAAGAACAGAUUGAUUUGGGCAUAAGGGUUUGUGGGUAAAAGCGCGUCUCUGAUGCACCUUGCAUGCCCAGAUCAAUCUGUUCGUCUCUGUGGUGCCACAGGACUCCACAUGGUUUAUACUCUUGUUGAAGUAUCUUAGGAUUGAACGAACACUGAAAUACGCGGCUCUUUGUGUGUCAAGUUCCACUCGCAUGGUGGAGUUAGGCCAAGCUAUUGCCAGCACAUUGUCGUUCUGGUUUCUGAGGGGAGAUCCUACAUCGUGUGGCCAGUUUCUCCUCCGUAACUUUGCUCUUUUUGUUAACCUGUUGGUGUCAAACUCAAACACUAGAGGGAAAAGCAGCAGCCCUCAGGGUGUGGAGAGCUACUGCUCUCUGCAUUUUACUUCUAGCAUUAAUGCUGCCCACCUGAAGGGUGAGUAAAAGUGCGGAUGUCAGCCCUCCUGCACUUGUCACUCUAGCAUUAGCCAGCAUCUCUGCUCAUGUAUCUCAUCCCCCUGAAGGCCUCUGGUAGCCUCAUACCACUGUGAUCCGACUUCUAUGGGACAAGUGCUCUGCCCAGCCUCAGCUGCCUCUCCGUGCUGGUACCACGAGCCCCUCACCUUUCCCGUCUGUCUGUCUCUGUUAGCAGACUCCCUCUGGGGCCUGGGCUACCAGGCUUCUCAAUCAAAUUAGCCUGCACCGUGAGAUGGCUUUCCAGGGCUGGCCCUAGUCCUGUUGCCGGUGACAGUGUGGGGUCUGGUUAACUGGCCGGCCUCCCCGUAGCACUGAUCAGACUGCAGGGUGGAACCAGCUGCUUGCCGUGGGGCUGGGCACGGCCGGAGAAGAGCCGCUGCCUGGGGACUAGCAGACCAAGUAACAGUGGUGGCAUUCGCUGCUCCUCCUGCCUGAUGGCUGCGGAGGCAGGGCCCUGGCUUCCGGAGGGCCGGGAACCUUGCUGUCCUUGGAAGACAUUUCACAAAACCAACUCUUAAAAUCCAGAAAUGCAGGUGCAGGGGGCCCUGCCCAUGGAAAGAAUAAAGCUUUGUCACACCAGCGCCUGUGGCCGCGCGGAGCUGUCUGUGGGGCACGGGGCUGCUGCA